UGCAAUUCCUGCGGGACUGCCAGGGCGCGUGGGGCAAUCCCUCAGCGACAUGGCCGGCUGACCAGUCCGUCUCCAACUGGGACUGUGGGGCGCUCGAGUUCAUAUCUUGCGAUGAAAACGGCAUGAUUGUUUCCCUGGACAUUGAGAACACAGACCUGCAAGGAUCUAUCCCCGACUCAAUCAGCAACCUCGGCAAGCUUGAGACCCUUGUAUUAUCACAGAGGGGCAUUACCGGGUCGCUGUCAUCAAGCAUAGGAAGCCUUUCCUCUCUUCAGAAGCUAGACAUCAGUUUCAACUCCGCCAUGUCUGGCUCUCUGCCUACUCACAUUCUGAACCUCAAAAGCCUCUCCUACCUGGACAUGAAAGGGUGCAACUUGGAUGGAUUUCUGCCCACAGCUAUGGGCGCUAUGACCAGUCUUGUGUCCCUGUAUCUGUCGCGAAACACCCUCACGGGGCCCAUUCCAGAGUCCGUGGGAGACAUCUCGCCACUUAUUGAGCUUGACCUGUCUAACAACCAACUCUCUGGGGCCAUCCCCACAACCCUUGGCUCGUUGGCGAAUUUGGAAGCAUUGGAGCUCUCUCACAACCUGCUCUCUGAAUCUAUCCCCUCAACCCUUGGCCUGUUAAGGAAUCUGACUUUCAUGGAUCUGAGCUCCAACCGGCUAUCCGGCAACAUCCCUGGCGAGCUAAGCUCCCUUGACAGUCUCGAACACCUGCAGCUUAGUCAGAACGAGCUGAGCGGAAUCAUCCCAGAGAGCCUCUUUGCACUCGUGGGUCUCCAUGCGCUGUAUCUCGAUACGAACCAGCUCACCGGCACAAUCCCCGCCGCCAUUGGCGACCUUUUUGAUGUAACAAGCCUGUCACUGGCGUCGAACCAUCUGUAUGGCUCCAUUCCCAACAGCGUCACCAACAUUGCUGGUGUCAUCUACUUCUUUCUAUACCAAAACUACCUCACAGGGCCCGUAGUGAAGCCAUGGGGUGCGUAUGCAGAUCUCUCCAAUAACUACCUCUCGGGGGAGUUAGAAGCGAGCCCUUUCCCUGGAAUGGAGAGUGACGACGCGCUCGGUGCCAACUGUCUCACUGCACCUGAGGGGGUCUCGUUGGGCCCGCAACGGCCCGAGGCAGCCUGCCGGGCAUUCUGUGGCAUCUCCAUGCGCUCUGCUGGUGGUGAUGGUGGUGGUGCUGGUGCUGGUGGUGUUGCUUGUGGCGGGCGUGGGCUGUGCUAUCCUGAUGGGCCUAGUUUGGCGCCAACCUGCUCGUGCAAAGCGGGGUUCGUUCAGUUUGCAAGCAUCUACUGCCUUGAGGAAGGCUCGGAUCUAACCUCCCCGCUGGACACGAAUAUUCUCCCGCCAGCAACCGUGCUCACUAAGGGAACAAGGAAGGAAACCAAAGGGGCCUUUACAAAAGAGCCAGUCACCCUGUUCGUGUUUGAGAAAGGCCAAGAGGACGAAGGGUGUGGGUUCGAGCUGGGAUUUAGUGUCAACUUCACCUUUGCCCUUUCACCCCAAGGCAAGGCCGCUUCCAAUGGCUUUGCGUUUGUGGUGUCGGCAACAGCCACGGUGGGGAGCAGCGAUGGAGUGGGGUACGGCAGGAUGGAUUCUCGCAGCAUGGCGAUCGAGUUUGACGUGCUUCAGAACAUCCAGCACGGCGACAUGAAAGAGCAGCACGUGGGGCUGAAUAUCAACGGGCAGGACAAAUCGAUGGCUGCUGUGAAAGCACCAUUCAUGCUGACCAACAAGCAGGUGAACACGGCAUGGGUGGACUACGAGCCUGGACUUUCCGGCACCAUCCGGGUCUUCCUGGCUAAGGGGGCAGUGACGAGGGCUGGGAAGCCAGAGAAGCCGCUGCUGGAGAGGCGGCUGUUGCUGUGUGAGGUGCUGCGGGGAGGGGAGGAGGCGCAGCUGCAGGCGUUCUACUUUGGCUUCGUGGCGUCCACCACAGUCAAGCCGUUUAUGAGCCAAGUCAUUUUCAAGUCUGCCAUGCAUGCAGGUAGCAACAUGUCCAUAUGUUGCCACUGCCACUGCCACUGCCAUGCAGCACAGUGCACACCCUGUGCCGCUGCUCAUCGCUCCUUUCGCUUGGAGCAACCCCUUUUUCAUCCCUUGGGUCUGAACGUCACAGUGGACACGUAUGCGCCGGUACGAGCGAGCCCGUUCUCACGAUAUGUGAGUGCGGACUACCGAUAUUCGGCUGGGAAGCAGGACUCGUGGGUCUUCAGGGACCUCUACUCCUGGGACUCCGUGCCCUUCCUCGGCUGGCCUGUCAAGAACCAGGACGCUUGCAGCGCGUGCUGGGCGUAUGCAGUGGUGGCGAGCAUAGAAGCAGCAUACGGCAUUGCAACAAAGGGAGAGGCGCCGCAGCUGUCAGUGGACUCGCUCUUUGCAGCCAUGGGGCUCACCUCUCAAGCAGACAAGUGCGCCGCUGGGGGCUCCCCGACAGACGCCUUUGAGAAGCUGCUCGCCCUGACCAAAGGGGGACUCACCCUGGCCGACAAUCCGGGAAAGAAGUACCCCAUCCAGGGAUUUGAGCGCACAUCAUUCAAGGGGUAUGUUGGGCUCAUGUUGGCAGUGCAGCGGCAGCCAGUGGUGGUUCACAUCGAAGCCUCUGCUGCCACGUUCGCAACGUAUGACGGGACGUUCAAGUACCAGGACCCUGCGUGCUACAGCGGCAACCUGAACCACGUGGUGCUUGUGGUGGGAUAUUUCAUUCUCCGAGACGAUGGCAGUCAGAGCCGCAUUGCUCCGCCGUUUUGGAUCAUCCGCAACUCGUGGGGCGAGGGCUGGGGAGAUAGGGGCCACAUGCGCAUGGAAAUUCAGGGAGGUGAUGGCGUGUGUGGCAUCAACGUGCUGCCUGGCAUCUACCCCAUUGUCAAGAUCCCGGGGGAUCCGUGUGGCACCAAGAGCUACAGGGGCGAUUUGGACCCACAACCCAGCAUGAACCCGUGUGGCCGAUUCACCUGCAAGCCCAAUGCCAAGGCCAACAGCAACACGUGCACCUGCUCGAUCCCCUCUGCGCCCAAGCAGCCCUUCAUGGAAGCAGCCAACGGCUAUGGCAACACCUGCGCCUAUGUGGACGUGUGUGGGUCGUACUUCAAGAACCCCUGUGCCGUGGGCACAUGCAUCAACGAUGGCAAGGGCUCCUACUCCUGCAUCUGCCCUCCCAACCACGUCCCCAGCCGAACCAUCGAUGACUUCCCCACCUGCGACCCAGGUACAGGCAAACACUGCUCGUUCCCCACCUGCGACCCAGGUGCGGUUCCAGUGCUGCUCCCUCCCCCCCCACUUGCCACCCAUGUGCUACUGGACAAAGAAAACCUCAUAAGGGUAUCUCUCGUGCGCGCUGGUGCACAAUAUGCACACGCAACUGAUCUCCCUCCCCGCACAACUGCCCUGCCCCCUGUUUCCACCAUACCACUCUCUCCCCUCCUCCCAGCCAACGAAACGGUCACGAGCCUGACAGUGAGCGGUGACAAGUGGGCGUGCGCGGACGUGUCUGGCCUCGUGGGGCUCUCCUCCUCGCAGUUCGCCCUGCAGAACCCGGUGAGAGGCUGGCAAGAGGGGCAGGUGAAGAAUGGGAGGCGAGAAUGGGAGGCGAGAAUGGGAGGCGAGAAUGGGAGGCGAGAAUGGGAGGCGAGAAUGGGAGGCGAGAAUGGGAGGCGAGAAUGGGAGGCGAGAAUGGGAGGCGAGAAUGGGAGGCGAGAAUGGGAGGCGAGAAUGGGAGGCGAGAAUGGGAGGCGAGAAUGGGAGGCGAGAAUGGGAGGCGAGAAUGGGAGGCGAGAAUGGGAGGCGAGAAUGGGAGGCGAGAAUGGGAGGCGAGAAUGGGAGGCGAGAAUGGGAGGCGAGAAUGGGAGGCGAGAAUGGGAGGCGAGAAUGGGAGGCGAGAAUGGGAGGCGAGAAUGGGAGGCGAGAAUGGGAGGCGAGAAUGGGAGGCGAGAAUGGGAGGCGAGAAUGGGAGGCGAGAAUGGGAGGCGAGAAUGGGAGGCGAGAAUGGGAGGCGAGAAUGGGAGGCGAGAAUGGGAGGCGAGAAUGGGAGGCGAGAAUGGGAGGCGAGAAUGGGAGGCGAGAAUGGGAGGCGAGAAUGGGAGGCGAGAAUGGGAGGCGAGAAUGGGAGGCGAGAAUGGGAGGCGAGAAUGGGAGGCGAGAAUGGGAGGCGAGAAUGGGAGGCGAGAAUGGGAGGCGAGAAUGGGAGGCGAGAAUGGGAGGCGAGAAUGGGAGGCGAGAAUGGGAGGCGAGAAUGGGAGGCGAGAAUGGGAGGCGAGAAUGGGAGGCGAGAAUGGGAGGCGAGAAUGGGAGGCGAGAAUGGGAGGCGAGAAUGGGAGGCGAGAAUGGGAGGCGAGAAUGGGAGGCGAGAAUGGGAGGCGAGAAUGGGAGGCGAGAAUGGGAGGCGAGAAUGGGAGGCGAGAAUGGGAGGCGAGAAUGGGAGGCGAGAAUGGGAGGCGAGAAUGGGAGGCGAGAAUGGGAGGCGAGAAUGGGAGGCGAGAAUGGGAAGGCGAGAAUGGAGGCGAGAAUGGGAGGCGAGAAUGGGAGGCGAGAAUGGGAGGCGAGAAUGGGAGGCGAGAAUGGGAGGCGAGAAUGGGAGGCGAGAAUGGGAGGCGAGAAUGGGAGGCGAGAAUGGGAGGCGAGAAUGGGAGGCGAGAAUGGGAGGCGAGAAUGGGAGGCGAGAAUGGGAGGCGAGAAUGGGAGGCGAGAAUGGGAGGCGAGAAUGGGAGGCGAGAAUGGGAGGCGAGAAUGGGAGGCGAGAAUGGGAGGCGAGAAUGGGAGGCGAGAAUGGGAGGCCGAGAAUGGGAGGCGAGAAUGGGAGGCGAGAAUGGGAGGCGAGAAUGGGAGGCGAGAAUGGGAGGCGAGAAUGGGAGGCGAGGAAUGGGAGGCGAGAAUGGGAGGCGAGAAUGGGAGGCGAGAAUGGGAGGCGAGAAUGGGAGGCGAGAAUGGGAGGCGAGAAUGGGAGGCGAGAAUGGGAGGCGAGAAUGGGAGGCGAGAAUGGGAGGCGAGAAUGGGAGGCGAGAAUGGGAGGCGAGAAUGGGAGGCGAGGAAUGGGAGGCGAGAAUGGGAGGCGAGAAUGGGAGGCGAGAAUGGGAGGCGAGAAUGGGAGGCGAGAAUGGGAGGCGAGAAUGGGAGGCGAGAAUGGGAGGCGAGAAUGGGAGGCGAGAAUGGGAGGCGAGAAUGGGAGGCGAGAAUGGGAGGCGAGAAUGGGAGGCGAGAAUGGGAGGCGAGAAUGGGAGGCGAGAAUGGGAGGCGAGAAUGGGAGGCGAGAAUGGGAGGCGAGAAUGGGAGGCGAGAAUGGGAGGCGAGAAUGGGAGGCGAGAAUGGGAGGCGAGAAUGGGAGGCGAGAAUGGGAGGCGAGAAUGGGAGGCGAGAAUGGGAGGCGAGAAUGGGAGGCGAGAAUGGGAGGCGAGAAUGGGGGCGAGAAGGGGGCGAGAAUGGGAGGCGAGAAUGGGAGGCGAGAAUGGGAGGCGAGAAUGGGAGGCGAGAAUGGGAGGCGAGAAUGGGAGGCGAGAAUGGGAGGCGAGAAUGGGAGGCGAGAAUGGGAGGCGAGAAUGGGAGGCGAGAAUGGGAGGCGAGAAUGGGAGGCGAGAAUGGGAGGCGAGAAUGGGAGGCGAGAAUGGGAGGCGAGAAUGGGAGGCGAGAAUGGGAGGCGAGAAUGGGAGGCGAGAAUGGAGGCGAGAAUGGGAGCGAGAUGGGAGGCGAGAAUGGGAGGCGAGAAUGGGAGGCGAGAAUGGGAGGCGAGAAUGGGAGGCGAGAAUGGGAGGCGAGAAUGGGAGGCGAGAAUGGGAGGCGAGAAUGGGAGGCGAGAAAUGGGAGGGCGAGAAUGGGAGGCGAGAAUGGGAGGCGAGAAUGGGAGGCGAGAAUGGGAGGCGAGAAUGGGAGGCGAGAAUGGGAGGCGAGAAUGGGAGGCGAGAAUGGGAGGCGAGAAUGGGAGGCGAGAAUGGGAGGCGAGAAUGGGAGGCGAGAAUGGGAGGCGAGAAUGGGAGGCGAGAAUGGGAGGCGAGAAUGGGAGGCGAGAAUGGGAGGCGAGAAUGGGAGGCGAGAAUGGGAGGCGAGAAUGGGAGGCGAGAAUGGGAGGCGAGAAUGGGAGGCGAGAAUGGGAGGCGAGAAUGGGAGGCGAGAAUGGGAGGCGAGAAUGGGAGGCGAGAAUGGGAGGCGAGAAUGGGAGGCGAGAAUGGGAGGCGAGAAUGGGAGGCGAGAAUGGGAGGCGAGAAUGGGAGGCGAGAAUGGGAGGCGAGAAUGGGAGGCGAGAAUGGGAGGCGAGAAUGGGAGGCGAGAAUGGGAGGCGAGAAUGGGAGGCGAGAAUGGGAGGCGAGAAUGGGAGGCGAGAAUGGGAGGCGAGAAUGGGAGGCGAGAAUGGGAGGCGAGAAUGGGAGGCGAGAAUGGGAGGCGAGAAUGGGAGGCGAGAAUGGGAGGCGAGAAUGGGAGGCGAGAAUGGGAGGCGAGGAUGGGAGGCGAGGAUGGGAGGCGAGGAUGGGAGGCGAGGAUGGGAGGCGAAUGGGAGGCGAGAAUGGGAGGCGAGAAUGGGAGGCGAGAAUGGGAGGCGAGAAUGGGAGGCGAGAAUGGGAGGCGAGAAUGGGAGGCGAGAAUGGGAGGCGAGAAUGGGAGGCGAGAAUGGGAGGCGAGAAUGGGAGGCGAGAAUGGGAGGCGAGAAUGGGAGGCGAGAAUGGGAGGCGAGAAUGGGAGGCGAGAAUGGGAGGCGAGAAUGGGAGGCGAGAAUGGGAGGCGAGAAUGGGAGGCGAGAAUGGGAGGCGAGAAUGGGAGGCGAGAAUGGGAGGCGAGAAUGGGAGGCGAGAAUGGGAGGCGAGAAUGGGAGGCGAGAAUGGGAGGCGAGAAUGGGAGGCGAGAAUGGGAGGCGAGAAUGGGAGGCGAGAAUGGGAGGCGAGAAUGGGAGGCGAGAAUGGGAGGCGAGAAUGGGAGGCGAGAAUGGGAGGCGAGAAUGGGAGGCGAGAAUGGGAGGCGAGAAUGGGAGGCGAGAAUGGGAGGCGAGAAUGGGAGGCGAGAAUGGGAGGCGAGAAUGGGAGGCGAGAAUGGGAGGCGAGAAUGGGAGGCGAGAAUGGGAGGCGAGAAUGGGAGGCGAGAAUGGGAGGCGAGAAUGGGAGGCGAGAAUGGGAGGCGAGAAUGGGAGGCGAGAAUGGGAGGCGAGAAUGGGAGGCGAGAAUGGGAGGCGAGAAUGGGAGGCGAGAAUGGGAGGCGAGAAUGGGAGGCGAGAAUGGGAGGCGAGAAUGGGAGGCGAGAAUGGAGGCGAGAAUGGGAGGCGAGAAUGGGAGGCGAGAAUGGGAGGCGAGAAUGGGAGGCGAGAAUGGGAGGCGAGAAUGGGAGGCGAGAAUGGGAGGCGAGAAUGGGAGGCGAGAAUGGGAGGCGAGAAUGGGAGGCGAGAAUGGGAGGCGAGAAUGGGAGGCGAGAAUGGGAGGCGAGAAUGGGAGGCGAGAAUGGGAGGCGAGAAUGGGAGGCGAGAAUGGGAGGCGAGAAUGGGAGGCGAGAAUGGGAGGCGAGAAUGGGAGGCGAGAAUGGGAGGCGAGAAUGGGAGGCGAGAAUGGGAGGCGAAUGGGAGGCGAGAAUGGGAGGCGAGAAUGGGAGGCGAGAAUGGGAGCGAGAAUGGGAGGCGAGAAUGGGAGGCGAGAAUGGGAGGCGAGAAUGGGAGGCGAGAAUGGGAGGCGAGAAUGGGAGGCGAGAAUGGGAGGCGAGAAUGGGAGGCGAGAAUGGGAGGCGAGGAAUGGGAGGCGAGAAAUGGAGGCGAGAAUGGGAGGGCAAAUGGGAGCGAGAAUGGGAGGCGAGAAUGGGAGGCGGAGAAUGGGAGCGAGAAUGGGAGGCGGAGAAUGGGAGGCGAGAAUGGGAGGCGAGAGAGAUGGGAGGGCGAGAAUGGGAGGCGAGAAUGGGAGGCCGAGAAUGGGAGGCGAGACAUGGGAGGCGAGAAUGGGAGGCGAGAAUGGGAGGCGAGAAUGGGAGGGCGGAGAUGGGAGGCGAGAAUGGGAGGCGAGAAUGGGAGGCGAGAAUGGGAGGCGUAGAAUAAGGGGAGGCGAGAAUGGGAGGGCGAGAAUGGAGAGGCGAGAAUGGGAGGCGAGAAUGGGAGGCGAGAAUGGGAGGCGAGAAUGGGAGGCGAGAAUGGGAGGCGAGAAUGGGAGGCGAGAAUGGGAGGCGAGAAUGGGAGGCGAGAAUGGGAGGCGAGAAUGGGAGGCGAGAAUGGGAGGCGAGAAUGGGAGGCGAGAAUGGGAGGCGAGAAUGGGAGGCGAGAAUGGGAGGCGAGAAUGGGAGGCGAGAAUGGGAGGCGAGAAUGGGAGGCGAGAAUGGGAGGCGAGAAUGGGAGGCGAGAAUGGGAGGCGAGAAUGGGAGGCGAGAAUGGGAGGCGAGAAUGGGAGGCGAGAAUGGGAGGCGAGAAUGGGAGGCGAGAAUGGGAGGCGAGAAUGGGAGGCGAGAAUGGGAGGCGAGAAUGGGAGGCGAGAAUGGGAGGCGAGAAUGGGAGGCGAGGAAUGGGAGGCGAGAAUGGGAGGCGAGAAUGGGAGGCGAGAAUGGGAGGCGAGAAUGGGAGGCGAGAAUGGGAGGCGAGAAUGGGAGGCGAGAAUGGGAGGCGAGAAUGGGAGGCGAGAAUGGGAGGCGAGAAUGGGAGGCGAGGAAUGGGAGGCGAGGAUGGGAGGCGAGGAUGGGAGGCGAGAAUGGGAGGCGAGAAUGGGAGGCGAGAAUGGGAGGCGAGAAUGGGAGGCGAGAAUGGGAGGCGAGAAUGGGAGGCGAGAAUGGGAGGCGAGAAUGGGAGGCGAGAAUGGGAGGCGAGAAUGGGAGGCGAGAAUGGGAGGCGAGAAUGGGAGGCGAGAAUGGGAGGCGAGAAUGGGAGGCGAGAAUGGGAGGCGAGAAUGGGAGGCGAGAAUGGGAGGCGAGAAUGGGAGGCGAGAAUGGGAGGCGAGAAUGGGAGGCGAGAAUGGGAGGCGAGAAUGGGAGGCGAGAAUGGGAGGCGAGAAUGGGAGGCGAGAAUGGGAGGCGAGAAUGGGAGGCGAGAAUGGGAGGCGAGAAUGGGAGGCGAGAAUGGGAGGCGAGAAUGGAAUGGGAGGCGAGAAUGGGAGGCGAGAAUGGGAGGCGAGAAUGGGAGGCGAGAAUGGGAGGCGAGAAUGGGAGGCGAGAAUGGGAGGCGAGAAUGGGAGGCGAGAAUGGGAGGCGAGAAUGGAGGCGAGAAUGGGAGGCGAGAAUGGGAGGCGAGGAAUGGGAGGCGAGGAAUGGGAGGCGAGGAUGGGAGGCGAGGAAUGGGAGGCGAGAAUGGGAGGGCGAGAAUGGGAGGCGAGAAUGGGAGGCGAGAAUGGGAGGCGAGAAUGGGAGGCGAGAAUGGGAGGCGAGAAUGGGGAGGCGAGAAUGGAGGCGAGAAUGGGAGGCGAGAAUGGGAGGCGAGAAUGGGAGGCGAGAAUGGGAGGCGAGAAUGGGAGGCGAGAAUGGGAGGCGAGAAUGGGAGGCGAGAAUGGGAGGCGAGAAUGGGAGGCGAGAAUGGGAGGCGAGAAUGGGAGGCGAGAAUGGGAGGCGAGAAUGGGAGGCGAGAAUGGGAGGCGAGAAUGGGAGGCGAGAAUGGGAGGCGAGAAUGGGAGGCGAGAAUGGGAGGCGAGAAUGGAGGCGAGAAUGGGAGGCGAGAAUGGGAGGCGAGAAUGGGAGGCGAGAAUGGGAGGCGAGAAUGGGAGGCGAGAAUGGGAGGCGAGAAUGGGAGGCGAGAAUGGGAGGCGAGAAUGGGAGGCGAGAAUGGGAGGCGAGAAUGGGAGGCGAGGAUGGGAGGCGAGAAUGGGAGGCGAGGAUGGGAGGCGAGGAUGGGAGGCGAGAAUGGGACAGCAUGCAUGA